UCCUUCGCUUCCAGCGCCGUCUCCAAAGCACCGUUCCGAGUGCAGUCCGCAUGGCGUCGCUACGGAGCGCGCGUGGUCUCCGUGCGCUACGGAGACCUUUGAGACCGGUGCAGGUCACCCUUCUGCAGACACAUCUGCGGCCGACCGCAUGUCUCGGCCUUCUGCAGCCCCACCAUCGGGCCUUCUCAACGCCUGGUGGAGACUUCGAGAAACAACUCAUGCCGGAGGACAUCCUGCAUCUCCGCGCGUUGUCCAUGACAAUCAUGCAGGACCCCAUUUGCGAACUCCGUCCUGAGGAGGUGCAGAGCUACUUGGCGGACCAUGAGGAUCCGAUCGGUGACUUACCGCUGUGGAAUCCACGUAGGAUGCUACAUCAAGUCUUGGAUCCCUUCAGACUACGGAAGCUGACGGUGGUAAGAUAUCACAAGCUGAUCUUGGAGCGUUUGGACAAUGAGCCGCUCCUGGAAGCCUUCGGAAUCGACGCCGGCUUCAAUAUGCAGGCCUAUUUCAUGAUCCUCCAUGCCUGGCUUUUGCACCAAAGACUGGUUCUGGAAGGCUCUAAGGCCAAAAAGAUAGAUGAAGAGUUGUUCGAGCAAUGCUGGAACAUGGCCAGGUCCUGGCUGGUGCUCAAGAGAGUCCCAGAAUAUCGAUUUGAUGCAGAGUUGCAGAAUGUGCAAGAGUAUAUGCUUGGAGCCUGCAUUGCCAUGGACAAGGCGUUGGAGAGGCCGGACGUGUUGCCAGCACGCGUGCAGCAAUGUUUAUGGGCCAACAUGUACUCAGGGUCAGUCAAAAAAGACCACAAGGGUCUCAUGCGCUUGACCAAGUACAUGCUGCGGCAAUUGGGUUUGAUCCUCCAGUUGGAUGCAGAUCGCUUCUUGUCGGGCCAAUUCAUUUGGGCUGAUUUUCCAGGCAUGGGGCAUCACGGACAUUCGUUUUUGGGGCAGCUCCACGCAGCACAGAACGCCCUUCCUUUCUUGGAGAGUUUUCUCCUCAACUCUAUUCGGAUGGAUGAAGACUUCGUCGGCAUGUCGGAUGGGGUCUCCCUGGCGCUCGCAGUCAGCGAUCGUGUUCGCAAACCUUUGAAGCUCCCGGAAUGGCGUGCAAAGUUCCGAACUGAAAGGGAAGAAGCGAUUGGAGAGCUGGACUUGAAGUCCAUGGGUACUCGCCCAGCAUCCAUUGAAGGGCCGGGCAAAAGGCCUUCCCUGAGACCCUGAGACCGCUCAUGAACUGCGAUGCUGGGGUGAACGGACAACCGAAGAUGUUCAAC